GGAGGAAGACGUGCUCGUCCCCGUGCUCGUGCCCGCGGUGUAGCUGGAAGUUGACGCCAUUAUAUCCGGUGAAGUCUUCAAAUAGCCGUCGCAAACCUUGAAUAUGACAACUUAAUUGUACCACUCACACCUCUUUUGUGUGAUAUUAUCGAAUUUGUGUUUCGUAAUAGUGUUGUUGUACGAGCCGUGGCUAAUAUACAUCUUGAGUGGCAGCAAGGUUAAGCCAAGGAGCGGCUGGCUGCUAACGUGGCUAGCAGGCAGUUAUUUUCACGUUUAACUGCAGUGUUGGCCUUCAAGUAUUAUUAUCACUGGUAUAAGUUCCUUCUGGUUACUUUUGGCACUUUUAGCGCACUGCGUACUUCGCUAAGAAUCCCAACAUUCUUUUGAGCUAGCGAAGGCCGGAUACAAAAAUCUGUUAAACUGGAGGCGGCACCGUCACAUAUCUUCCUUUAACACGCUCCUUGGCGUGGAACAUGUCUGAGGGCCCCGAGGGCAAGCAGGCCCCGGACGCUGUCCAGGAAGCCAAGGCGGACCCCAUGGCCGCGGCGCCCGCGGGUCAAGGCGUGUCCCCUCCUGUGUCCGUGGUGAGCCAGCCGCCCCCCGCCGCCGCUGCCACCGAGGACGAGGAAGAGGAAAGCGAGGAUGAGUCUGAGAUUCUGGAGGAGAGUCCGUGUGGACGCUGGCAGAAGCGCAGGGAAGAGGUAAAUCAGCGUAAUGUGCCAGGCAUUGAUAAUGCUUACCUGGCUAUGGACACUGAGGAAGGAGUGGAGGUGGUGUGGAAUGAAGUCAUGUUCUCAGAAAGGAAAAACUUCAAACUACAAGAGGAAAAAGUCAGAGCCGUCUUUGACAAUUUGAUCCAGCUGGAGCAUUUAAACAUUGUGAAGUUCCACAAGUACUGGGCGGACGUCAAAGAGAACAGAGCCAGGGUCAUUUUCAUCACGGAGUACAUGUCCUCUGGAAGUCUCAAACAGUUUCUGAAAAAGACAAAGAAGAAUCACAAGACCAUGAAUGAAAAGGCGUGGAAGCGCUGGUGCACACAGAUACUGUCUGCUCUCAGCUAUUUGCACUCGUGUGAUCCUCCCAUCAUCCACGGCAACCUGACCUGUGACACCAUCUUCAUUCAGCACAACGGUCUCAUCAAGAUCGGCUCAGUGGCCCCGGACACCAUCAACAACCAUGUCAAAACAUGCCGGGAAGAGCAGAAAAGCCUUCAUUUUUUUGCUCCAGAAUAUGGAGCGGUUGCCAAUGUCACCACUGCAGUGGAUAUCUACUCCUUUGGAAUGUGCGCUUUAGAGAUGGCAGUGCUAGAGAUCCAAAGUAAUGGAGAUUCAUCAUAUGUUUCCCAAGAAGCCAUUAACAGUGCCAUUCAGUCCCUGGAGGACCCCUUGCAACGGGAGUUCAUCCAGAAGUGUCUUGAGGUGGACCCCAGCAAGCGUCCCACUGCCAGGGAGCUCUUGUUUCACCAGGCCUUGUUUGAGGUGCCCCUGCUCAAGCUGCUGGCCGCUCACUGCAUCGUCAGCCACCAGCAUAUGAUUCCAGAAAAUGCUUUAGAGGAGAUGACGAAGAACAUGGACCCCAACCUGGUGAUUGUUGAAGGGAAGGAGGGUGUUCAGAUGAAGCUGUCCCAGUUUCCUGCACUCGAGCUGGACAAGUUCCUGGAGGAUGUCAGGAACGGGAUCUAUCCUCUGACUGCCUUUGGAAUUCCGUGCCCACAGCAGCCUCAACAGGAGACGGUGAAGUCACCCAUUGUGCCCCCCUCUGUCAAAACCCCCACUCCAGAACCUGCAGAACUUGAGACCAGGAAGGUCCUGCAGAUGCAGUGCAACAUUGAGCCAGUCGAUGAAGGCGCCAAGCAUCAUCUGACUUUGCUGUUGAAGCUGGAGGACAAACUGAACCGACACUUGAGCUGUGACCUGUUACCAAAUGAGAAUGUGCAAGAGUUGGCUGUGGAGCUCGUGCAGCUCGGCUUCAUCAGCGAGGGGGAUCAGCCCCGACUCGCAUCCGUUCUCGAAGAGGCCUUCUCCAAGUUCUACAGCCGCAAUGGUUCUCUCAACCCCGUCACAGUUUCCUCAUAGCUAAGGACUGCCCGCCUCUACUGCCUCUAGUGGACGGACAAAAGACUGCAGUCUGGGUAUGUUGUGGUUGGACAAAGCAGCCACUAAGUGGUUUCUCUUUUGUCAGUUCAGCUAUCUGCUUCUCCUCUGAGAGAAAAGCCUCGUGGUGGAAGGAAAACUUACUCUAUGGCUUACUUCUCUCACUUGUAAAGUCUUGAAAUGUUUAAGGAGAAAGACAACGAGAGCGUAUUUUCCUUAAGUCAGUAUUAAGUGUAUUUUUAACAUUU